GUUUCUCCCAGGCUGCGCUUUUGGUUACUUACGGUAAGGUGGACCCGCAGUGUCCACUCAACGAUCAGGUGAUCCACUAUCUACCGAGCGAAGGCUGACUGGAGGGGGGGAAAUGCAAGAUGACAUAUAGCAAAUGUCUGAGCGUAAUUCAUUCGUAUUUUCGCCUUGGAUUCGGAUUUAAAUCGCGUCGCUGGAGCUCGAAUGUGACGAUGGCUCGUUAAGGGAGGGGGUUUCGGUGGCGCAUCUGCGAUUUUCUUUAAUAUUUUGAUUUAUGAAAAAUCACAUUCACAGACUAAUAUUGGUUUUAACAUGGGGCUGUGCUACAGUUUGCGUCCCCGGCUCUUCGGGGACCUGAGCGGCUCUAUUUCCAACGCUACCUCGGACUCGGACCAGCCUCCGGACGCCGCCGUCGUGCCGAGCCGCGCCGGGGCAGCUCGCCAGGAGGACGCCGCAGGAUGUGGGGAGACUUCAUCGCUACGCGGCGGAGGCCCGGUGCGCACAGGGGACCCAGCUAGGGAGCACCGCCGCGGGGACACCGGGACAGACGGGGUGCUUAUUCAGAACGGAGGAGGCAGCAGCGGCAAGGGCGCAGGGAAGGAGCGCAGCCGACGCUUGCAGCUGCCGCUCAAAAACAGCAGCCAGAAGCAGAAACAUUGGGACAGACUGCUGGUGGAGGAGAGGGAGGCCGAGAAGGAGGCGAGGAAAGUCAGUAAAGAUAUUGACAGGGUGCUUAAGGAGCUCAAGAGGGAGUAUAAACAGACGCAUCGGCUGCUGCUGCUCGGUGCGGGAGAGUCCGGAAAAAGCACCAUUGUGAAGCAGAUGAGGAUCCUACACGUCAACGGCUUCAACGCUGAAGAAAAGAAACAGAAAAUACAGGAUAUUCGGAAAAACGUGAAGGAUGCCAUAGUGACUAUAGUGUCUGCGAUGAGCACUUUAAUACCCCCAGUUCCAAUAGCCAAUCCAGAGAACCAGUUUAGGAUCGAAUACAUCAAAAGCAUAGCACCACUCUCGGACUUCGACUAUCCACAGGAGUUCUUCGAUCAUGCAAAGAAGCUGUGGGACGAUGAAGGAGUGAAGGCAUGUUUCGAGAGAUCAAAUGAAUACCAGCUCAUCGACUGCGCACAAUAUUUCCUGGACAGAAUUGACUCUGUAAGACAAAGUGACUACACGCCAACAGACCAGGAUCUUCUACGCUGCAGAGUGUUAACUUCAGGGAUUUUUGAGACGAGGUUUCAAGUAGACAAAGUCAACUUUCACAUGUUCGAUGUUGGCGGUCAGAGAGAUGAAAGGAGAAAAUGGAUUCAGUGCUUUAACGACGUCACUGCUAUCAUCUUUGUGGUGGCCAGCAGCAGCUACAACAUGGUAAUAAGGGAAGACAAUAACACCAACAGACUACGGGAAGCACUGGACCUCUUCCGCAGUAUUUGGAACAACAGGUGGUUACGUACUAUAUCGGUCAUUUUAUUCCUGAACAAGCAGGACAUGCUGGCUGAGAAAGUAUUAGCUGGAAAAUCCAAAAUUGAGGAAUAUUUUCCCGAAUACGCCCGCUACACCAUACCAAAUGAAGCAACUCCUGAACCAGGCGAAGACCCGAGAGUGACGCGAGCCAAAUUCUUCAUCCGCGACGAGUUCCUUCGGAUCAGCACUGCGAGCGGCGACGGCAGACACUACUGCUACCCGCACUUCACCUGCGCCGUGGACACGGAGAACAUCCGGCGGGUCUUCAACGACUGCCGGGACAUCAUCCAGAGAAUGCACCUGCGGCAGUACGAACUCUUGUGAUGGACAGCAGAGACACGCCCCUCUCUCUCUGUUGGCCCCUCUGUGUUUCCUCUCUGCCAUUCUGCAUUCUUGAUGAACUCUUUCUACCCCUCCUCCCAAAGCCCACAAACAUCACCCCUCCUGUCGAGGAAUAUGAAGUACUACUGAAGUGUGUCAAAUCCUCUUCCACGUUUCAACAUUUUUUUUUGGCUUUUUCUAAUUUAAUUUCUUUCUUGAUUUCUCCCCUUUAAUCCGAUUUUGUUGGAAGUUUGGGGAACAACGUUGUACCUUGCUGCUUCUUGAGUAUUUUACUUUGGAUCUUUCCUUUUUGAAUGCCUUCAUUUUUUUUGUCAUUCCACUAAGCCUCGGGCUACCUCCUGAUUUAUUAUUUUUUUAUUUUUGCCCCGCUUACUGUAUUUUUUUUCAAAACCAUUUUUGGACCUUCUUUGGUGGGUGUGGAAACAUAAAGAAAAGAAAAAAAAAAAAAAACACUGACGGGACCUCAGUGUAGAGGCAGGAAUGAACCACCGCCAUAACUUCAGCGCCUCCUCCUUCGGCCUCCUUCUUUGCUUCGCCCUGAAGACGAGAGGACGGAGAGGAGUCAAUUCAAGUUCUUUUUGUUGUUGUUUAUUUGAUUUCUAAAGAGGAAAAACACACACAAUGUAGCAUCAUAAUAUUUAUUGCCCGCCCUGUCACAACUUUGGCUCGCCGAGCCGCAGGGCGGGACAAAGCAGCCGAGAGACAUGUGGAGCGAGAGAUGAGAUAAAUGGGGGGAAACGGAGGCAGGAAAUAAAGCGAUGGCGACUGAGCUCUCUGCACCUUAGCCCUGCUGCCUCCACGGACUCAAACCGGCGUCCUUCUCUUGUUUUAGUUUUUUUGUUUUGUUUUUUUCCACCCUUUCUAGCUUAGAGAUACUGAACGGGAGGAGGGCGGGAGGGGAAACAAAAAUGUAUUUGUUGUUUUUUUUUUGUUAACUUGUACACUGUGCAAGGUUGAAUUAUCCUGUACAGACUGUAAAAUGUAAUAUUAUUUUGUACAACUUAAUUGAAAGAAAAACAAAUCUACUUGUAGAUCUUUGUGCCUUGAUUAUGGCUGUACCUGUAAAUGAGCUCAGAUGUAAGUAUGUUUUCGACUGCGCUGUACAGCUUGAUGUCAAAAACUCUAUCGGCAGCGAAGAGACUGCGGGUAGGGGACUUUCUCUGUAGAGUUUAGUUUUUCUGGUUUAUAAAAAGAAAGGAAAUGCUGUUUAGUAAAAAAAAAAUGGGGGGAGGGGGAGAAAAAAUAGGGACAAAAAAAAUCCUGAAAACCUGUAUACAUUAUGCAAAUUAACCACUUACCUGCAGUGAAGACCAGAUGUUGCAGCGCCAUGCCUUUUUUUGUUUUUUUGUUUUUCUUUUAUGUUGUUUUAGUUUUCUUUUUUUUUCUCCUUAUAUAAAUAUAUAAAUAUAUAUAUUUUUUGAAUUUCACAGCUUUAAAGAAAUAUUGGAAAAUCCAUUGAAAGUGUCCAAAUUGCAACCUGGUGUUGUUUUAAUAGGAACCAACUUACUUUUCUGUUUCUUUUGUUUAAUUUUUUUUUAAAUCAAAUUUCCUUUUUUUUUCAGAUGAAGUGUGUGAGAUCUGUUUUGAUGUGCGUGCCUGUGCGCAUGUGUACAUAAGACAAACAUAGACUCACAGACGCAUCGUGUGCGUAUGCGAGGGCGAGUGCGUGUCGUGCGUGUAAAAUUUUAUAAAUGUAUGUACAUGUAAAUUUAUAGGUCUAUAUAAAUAUAUAUGUACAAUUAUACAUGUUUAAUUAUGUGUGUGCCUAGGUGUACAUACCUAUGUAUGUAUACGGUAAAUAUGUAUACAUACACACAUAGGAAAGCAUGUUUAGGAUGGAGAUGAAUAAAUGAGAGCGUGCAAUAUUAGUAAUUCUUUGGUCCUUUGGAGCCAUACUUUAAUGGCACAGGCACUAUGAAUGUGUGAGCAGCACCCAACAAGACGAGCUCUUUUCCUUGUACAAACAGCAUCAGCCUUUUUUUCUUCUGAUACAGUACACGUCUAUCCCCGAAAGAGAGUGAACUGACUGGAGGUGCGAAAAAGCCUUGUUUGGGCCUUGGGAGGAUGAUUUAAAUGACGUUUUUAUUUUCUUUAAAUAAAGAGGCACAUUAGAGGACUUUGCUUUAUUUCCAUCCU